AUGGCGCAGUUGCAGCAGGCCAUGUUGAAGCAGAUGACGGUCAACAAGGACGAGGAUAAGUCUCCUGAAGCAGUAAAACCGGGAGUUUCGCAGCUGCCAUCGUUGCCCCAGGUGAAGGCAGAGUCCAGUUCGAUUGACAUAGCGGAUUGGAUGGAGAUGCUGGCGGCUCCAAUGUCAGACUUGAGCGACGGGUCAGCAGCUUGGUGGAGAAAGGUUUGCGAGCAGGCUACGUUGGCUUACCAGGCCUGGACUGAUGCGGGUCCAAUGGAGCGAUUAGCCAUAGCUCCACCGAAGGACCCUUCGUUGGAGGAUGGUAGGUGGGGACGAGUGAACAGCAGAGCGGCUUCGAUGAUAUUGUUGGCCCUUCACGAGAAUGUUCGCUCUGAGAUGGUUGCGCGACGACUCACAGGGUCAACAGUCUCGCUCCUCUUUCGCCUUAUGACCCUCUAUCAACCUGGAGGUGAAGCUGAACGCUCGCGGAUCUUGAACAACUUGCAGAACCCGCCGGAGGAGACGGAACCCCAGAAGAUUGUUGAAGCUUUGAGGUCGUGGGAUAGAUGGCUGCGUCGUUGCAAAGAGCUGAGUUUGGCUACCCCAGAUCCAACAAUCUUGGCACGUGGCUUGAACAAAAUGGUUCGAAAGCUUGUGGAGCAAAACGCCGACAUGGGCUUCAGGACAAACCUGGUGCGCUCCACACUUCAGGUGGACACUCGGCCUUCCUACACCAGCAUCGACACCUACUACAAGCACCUGAUGGGUGAAUGCGAGGCGCUAGCUGUAGCAACCUCUUCUUUGUCAACGCAGGCCUUGAGCUCUACCUCAACCAGACCUGAGCCAAAAAUAAAGCCGAUGCGAACGGAGACGAGGAAUGGGAACUACAACACCCCUCCUCCUCCAAAGCCGCCGUCGACCCCUUCUACGUCGCCAACCAAUGAUGGUGCGGAGUCUCAGCGCUCCAAUGGUGAAAAGAAGGAUGUCCCGUGCAAGUUCUUUGGAAGGACGUUUCGAGGGUGUGCAAGGGUGAACAAGUGUCCGUUUCUUCACUCGUGGGAUGGACUUGAAAAAGAACGCCCAUCAAGAUGCCUGGCUUGUGGAGGCAAGCAUAUGGCAAAGGACUGUCCCAAUAAAAAGGGAACCCCGCCGUCAUCUACGACAACACCCCGCACGGCCAACAAGGCAGCUGGAGAACAAGGCGGACCCACUUCAACAACACCUACCACAACCAAGACGGUGAGAAUUGAUGAUAAGCCCCAGGUUGAAGGAGGUGGUGGGGAAACGACCGCGUCAGCUACGACUACCAAUGACCUCAAGGAAGUGCUUGCGGAUGUGGGAAAGAUGCUUAAGGCGAUGACUUCAGUGACUACAAUCAAGCGGGCAGAGGUCAAGGACGAUCCCUUGUUGGUUAAGAUAAAGGUGUUAGCGGCUAAGUUUGGCUAUGAGGAUGAAGAUGAAGGUGGUGGCCUCCUGGACAGUGGUGCCUCACAUCCGAUGCGGGCAGCUACCGAAGCCGAGUAUGAAAGAAGCAUUCCGGUGAAGGUGACGUUAGCCGGUGAGGAGGAGCGUGUUCUACGACAAAAUGGUCAGGGCACUGUUCUCUUGAAGCCAGGAGAAGCGGAAAACUCCCAGCCGAUCGUUCCAUUGGGAGCUGUCAUAAGAGACCUGGGCUGCCGCUUGCAAUGGAAGGAGGAUGGAAUCAAGCUCUUCCACCCGGACCGCGGGCAGGUGAAGAUUAGAAUUCGGAACAAUUGCCCGGAGGUGAGCACAGCAGAAGCUCAUCGCCUGAUUAAGGAGUUGGAGAUGGUUCAGCUGAAGACGCUCAAUGAUCAGGUUUCUUCCCUCUCGGCGAGAUUGGAGGUUUUGCAGAAGGAGGAGAAGCGCACUUGGGAUCAGCUCCUGAAGGACUUCAUGGAAUGUGGAGAUCGCGGACUACUUCAUAGAGCUCUCCUUCUUUCCCCGUUCACCAAGGACCUUCCGGCGGAUGUGCAAGCUAUGAUGGUUGCCAGCUUCAAGGUGGAGGGUGGUGAUGAAUACCUAAGGAAGCUACCUUUCUCGAGGAGGAAGCGACGGUUGCUACAAGCUUCAAAUGACUGGGUUGUGAAGUUGUUCCACGGCAAGAGCGAGGAGAAUAGCAACUUUGAGAGGAUUAUCUCCCGAGGAGGAAAGGUUAUCCUGGAGGUGGACGUGGCGAACUCGAGGGCAAUGGAUUUGCAUGGAGCGUCUCCGGUCUAUCAACUUCUACUGUGGGCGGCUGCGAAAGGAAAGAUUGCUGACGUGAUCGGCAGUCCCCCGGAAACUACAUGGACUACCUCCUUGACACCAACGAGGGGACCAAAAGCGAUCCACCAACGGACCAAGGACUUUCCGUUCGGAGUGCCGGGACUUUCUGUACUACAACAGCAGCGCUUGGACCAAGACACGGCAUGCGUGGCAAAGCAGCUUUUGUUGUGGAUGUGCGCCAUGAUGAAGAGUAAAAGGAAUGUGGGAUUUGCCUUGGAGUUCCCCGCGGAUGUUGUUCCAAUGAGAGAGGAGGAGAAGGACUACCUUUCGUUUUGGAAGACUGAGAUGUGGAAGUCUUUCAAGUCAGUGAGCGGAAUGGCUAAGGCUACCUUCAACCAAGGAGCAGUGGGACAUCAAGCACUACGACCCACCACAAUAGCUACGAACUAUCCUGAAGUUUUGGAGUUAGAUGGUGAUUUCGACUUCGGGAGCCAUUGUGUGCCUACAUCGCUGCUGGACCGAGCGUCUUUGAGAAGAUGGUCUUUACAGCUGGAGCUCAUGGUGGCAAGGGCUGCAGUGAACUACGUUCCUUCUCCAGAGACUGAGGAGGAGGAGGCGAUUAACUGUGGAGCAAGGAUGAGUAAGUUGACCAAGGACCAAAAGGACGCCUGGACCUUGCACCUCUUGAACGACCACCAGCCAUAUCGAGCAGAUUGCUCAGUAUGUUUGAACGCCCAGGCAACCGGCUACCAACAUCGUCGACGAAAACAACCACAACUAUACGCCCUGGCGCUGGACCUUGCAGGUCCUUACAAGGUUAAGGGUCGUGACAUGGACUUUGACGAUUACAAGUACAUCAUGGUUGCAGCUUAUAAGUGCCCCAAGGAGUACCUGGAUGCUAAGACGCUUGAGGCGAUGGAAAAGGAGUUCUCCGUUGAUGAGUACGAGCCCUCCGAUGGUGAAGGGGAGUUUGGGAUGAUUGAGGACGAGAAGGGGUUGAUGGAAUCGGCUUCCGGAGGUGAAGAGGAAGCUCAUGGUGAUCCAGAGGGUCCACCUACACUUGAUGAGGCAGUGGAGGAGCUGACAGAGACCCCUGAGUGCAUCACAAUGUACCUCACUAGGCCUUUGAGGAGGAGAACCAAGAAUGAAGUUUUGCGAGCUUCGAAGGAAAUCCUUUUGCAGUUGAAGCAGACGGGCCUCCAUGUUGCUACAGUGCACACCGACCGGGCUCGGGAGUUUUCUUCGGUCAUCUACAAGGACUGGAUCGCCGACAAUGGCCUUCGUCACUCACGGACAGCAGGAGGAGACCCGGCGGGCAACAGUACGGCUGAGCUUGGAGUUAAGUGGGCAAAGUCGAGGGUGAGGGCAUUGUUGAAGGCAGCGCAGGCGGAUGCCCGAGAUUGGCCUAUGGCAGUGCAACAUGCGACUUCUACGGCUUGGGCGAAGGCUUUCCCAUACACCCCGACUACAAUGACGCCAGCAACUCCCUUUGGAAAUGAAGUUUGGUUCCGUUCAAAGAACUACAAGGGCACUGGAGAGAAGAAGCAUGAUCCUACCGGGGCGCGGUGGAAAAGAGGAUGGUACCGAGGACCCUCUUAUGAUGUGAACCGGGGCCAUAUUAUCCUUCGAGAAGAUGGAGGCCUCACGAUAGCCAAAAGUGUGAAGUUCAACGUUGUGGACCCGUCAAAGGACCUACCUGAUCUACUACCACCUGGAAUGGCAGAGGAUCUACUUCCAGAACCAGAAGGAAGCGAUGUGUUGGUGCCUAAGAGGACCUUGGAAAGUGAGAUUGAGUUUAUUGCAAAGAUGCUCCUUGGAAAGGGUGCGUUCAAACCUACGGACGUGAUGUACCUCUUCGAAAAGCUUGAGGAGCUGGGCAAUACCGAUUUUCGGGUCGGAAAGAAAACUCCUAUGACAAGUUGGUACACGGGAGCCUUCGUUCAUGGCGGUGUGGCCGGUCUACGAACCAAUGCAAGAAGGUUUCCGAAUGCUACAAAGUACUUGGUCGCCUACGCCAAGGAUAAGGUUGGUGAUGGGGAGUUUACAGCCAUUGGACUUACCAGGAACUCUGCGCUAGGUCUACAUCGUGACGUUCACAACAGUCGAUGUUCUACGAACACAGUUCUUCCUGUGACUGAGUUUGAAGGGGGAGGACUUUGGAUAGAAGAUGAUGAUGUUGAUGCAGAGGACGCAGUUCUCAAGGCUGUCCCAAAGAAGGGUGAGGUGAAGGGACGCGUGCAAGAGCUACAAGGUGGCAAUCCUGUGAGCUUCAAGCCGAAUUUGUGGCACGAGGUCCAACCAUGGAAGGGCGAGCGUGUUGUGAUGUUGCUUUACACACCUCGAGCUUCAAGGUUAAAGCCAGCUGAGAUCGAGGAGCUCAACGAUUUGGGUUUCAAACUGGCAACGGGAGCAUCGACUGAACCCGAACCAGAGGUUCAGGAGGAGUGCGAGCAGGACGAUGACAUUGAGAUCAAGCGAGCGUUCCUGAACACCGACAAAGAUCAAGAUGAUGCGUUUGUGGAGCUUGAGGAUGAUGAGUUGUUCUCGGGAGUGGACGUGAAGAACAAACCGUGCAACGAGUUCCUGAUGCAGAAGGUGACCCACACCGUGAGCCUAAGCGAAGUUCGAAGGGCAAAGGACAAGUGGCUUCCCUCGGCCAAGAAGGAGUACGACAACCUAGUGGAAGGAAAAAAGGCUUUCAAGCCAACAAAGUUCAAGGACCUCCCUGCUGGAUGCCGCAUUGUUCCCUGCAAAGGGGUUUUUACAGUGAAGCCAGAUCCUCAAGCGGGCUUCAAGCGCAAAACGCGCUUUGUUGCAUGUGGGAACUACCUGGAGGAGGGUGAGCUCACUGGGAAUGACUUUGAGGUCUAUGCUGCAGGUUUGGAUGCUUCUUCACUGCGUACCAUGCUGGCGUAUCGGACUACUAAGCCUACGUGGGGAGCUGGUGUGACGGAUAUAAGACAAGCUUUUGUGCUGGCGCCGUGGAUUGGGAAGGCUGUGGCACUUAAGCCACCACCCUUGGCGGUGGAAUUGGGAUUGGCGGAGGAAGACGACUACUGGCUAGUCCUUCAGUCCAUCUACGGACUAAGGGAAUCCCCAGCCGCAUGGGCAAACUUCCGCGACAAGGAGCUCGAGGCUGCACGAUGGGAAUGCCAGGUGGAAGGGAAACCCACAGUGUUGAAGCUUCAGCAGUUGGUCUCCGACAAUCAAGUGUGGAAGGUUGUGCGUGCUGAUGGCCAGGGUUCAGAGCUGGGCUACUUGAUGGUGUACGUCGAUGACCUGAUGAUAAUGGGAACGAAUAACGUCAUGGAGUCGUUUUUUGGUUGGGUUUCGGAAAAAUGGGAAUGUGAUGAUCUCAAUAUUCUGUCUGAAACCAACCCGAUCAAGUUUUUGGGAAUGGAGCUUCACUACGUCAACGAAGGCAUUGAGGUGUCUCAAGAAGGGUUCAUACGAGAACUACUACGAGCACAUAACCACGAUGGUGGAAGAGCCAAGACUCAGGGACCCAAGGAGACGCUUAUCAUGUCGGCGGAGGAAGAAGCAAGCCUUUUGGAUGCCAUCCCGAUAGACUUGAAGGGCAAGGAGAAGGUUAUCAAGGAGGCACAGCGACGGGUUGGAGAAAUGCUAUGGCUUUCCUCUAGAUCGAGGCCAGAUAUUCAGUAUGCUACGGCAAUAAUGUCAUCGAGAAUCACUCGGUGUCCGGAAGCUGUGGUCACCAUAGGAGAUCGUUUGCUUGACUACCUGAACGAGACGAUGUAUGAGAGACUUCGAUUUGCCAAUGAUGACGGCGGUGAUUUUCAGCUGCGGACCUACACGGACUCAAGCUUUGCCCCAUCCUCUGGAAAGAGUCAUGGUUCGGUUGCCAUCUUUUAUGGGACGUGCCCUAUUGCUUGGAGGAGCUCUAGGCAACCACUGAUAGCCCUUUCAACGGCUGAGACGGAGCUAAUGGAAGGAGUGGAAGGGGCCGUUAUGACUCUUUCUACGAAAUGCGGCUAUUUCCUUGAUGACUACGGCAUCGGGGAGCUGGAGGAGAAUGACAUGGUGAUCAAGCAUGAGCCGGGCGUGACUCAGCGAGCGGCCUGUGAACGUGAAGAGUAUGAAUAUUUCAUCUUGGAUGGGCAAGUUGGUGAUGAUGUGUCAAGUUUGCGGAAUGAGCUGAAGGAGCUGCAAGUGUUGAUGUCAAUGGACAAUGCCAUCGGGUACAUCACCGGUUCCUACAGUUCGAGAAGAAAGGGAACAGUUUACGGAAACGCCUGCUUCGUCCUCUACGACUUCAGCAUUCGCGACGUCUUCUUCUAG